AGAAUACAGAAAUUUUAAAAAUCAUAAGAAUCCAAUUAUAUAGCAUAUAUUAUCAUGAAGCAACACCUAGAUAAGACUUUUGUUUUCAGUAUGUCUCCAGGAAUCGUAUUUGCGGCUCUGUCCGUCUGUACCCUGUGCCUUUGUGCACCACCAGAACUGGUUGGUACCAAGAACAACCAAGAAGACCAAAUCGAUCCUAGCAUACCAAAGAUAAAAGAUAAUAAUGACACGCCAAGUGCAUUGCCAAAUGAUAGUGCUGUGCUACAAGCCAUGAUAAAUGAUGCAGAUGACACCAUGGGACACCUUACAGCUAUCAUCACUGUGCUAAACUCAUUCAAUACACUCUUGGGGUACACAGAUGACUCGAUAAGCAUUAGGCUAAUAGAAAGGUUGGGUGAGGUCUAUGUCGACCUAGAGGAUCCAAAAAGAGAAAAGGCACUAUAUAGGUUACUCAAUGAUGCCAAACUGUUGAGUGCUAACCUAACACAGACCAUAAACGAUGUCGAAGCAAUAUUACAACACUUUGUAAACGCAAGGAGCAGGAAAGAGUUAAAAAACAAAGAACACAUACUGCUACCGAUGCUGAGCAAACUACUCAAUAAGACCUUGGGUGAAACCAUGGACAUGUUGAUCUCGAUGCGAGACAACAGCUUCAAAGCUGAACUCUUGAGGAAAACAGACUUCUCGUUGUUACAUGCAGACGAGACAACGGCACUGGUAAAUGCGCUGACAAACACAUACGGCAAGACUUAUGAGGUCGACCCAAAGGACCUUGAACAUGACACCCUACACAAAAAAAUCAAAGUCAUGAAUGAUGAAUUGAAUGAACAGUUGCAAUGGCUUAACCAACAGUCAUAUCAUUUGACAUUGUAUACUAAGUUUUCUUGCCCUCUAGAACCACCAUCCAAUCACCGCCCUUUAUGCAAUCGUCUAAUCCCAAUUAACAGAAAUCCCAACUCCACAUCCAUGCUAUACCAUCAUCUCUAUAUGCAAAUCUAUGAAUAUGGUGUUUUCUUAAACGCUUCAUCUGCCGCCUUGAAAGUUCUAACUACUGUAACUGAAAGUGAGUGUCAAGUAAAGUUUAUUCACUUAUUUUACGCAAACACUGUCAAAAUAGUGCGAACAAUAAUGGAUACACGUUUUUUGAGCACUGCGCAAAAGGUAACAUUCAGGCUGCAACUACAAAACUUAAUUUCUCCGUUUUCCAGUAUGAUGAGUAUGCAUAAAUCUGUCGGGAAAGAAUACUCUUUUUCCUCUGUUACAACUCAACCCAUUAAAAGCUAUGAAUACAAAAAGAUCAUGCUCAAUUUAUAUAUAAUGAAAUUACUUUUCCUUCAUUACCAAAAUCAAUGGGAACUUUUACAUCCUUUGCUACGUUUUUGCCACGUGAACAAUGAUAUGAAUUCGAUGGAUUUUGAGCCCAUAUUGACUAACUCCGUAACUCUGGUGAUUAGAAAUAAAGCUUUACAACGAUCUAUAGAAUCUAUGACAGAAAGAUAUCAAGAGGGGCUAGAAAUGCAACAAAAAACAUUGCAAGCAUUGGCAUCAUCCAAAGAAAUUCCAAGUGAUUUGAGAAUGCAGUUGAUCCAACAAAAAUCAGAGCAACUCAAUACCAUUUCUAUAGAUCUAUAUAUAGAGUACAAUUUACUUUGCGUCAUAAUUAGUGAUAGCUUGAGUGUUAGAACCAGCGCAAAUCAGCCGUUGAAUGAAGAAGCUUUGGCAGAGGCUAGUAUUUUCGUACAUUUUGAGAUGGUUCGGUAUAUAUAUGAAACUAUUGAUACCUUGUAUGAACUAUUAGAAGUAUAUAGAGGCAUACAACAACGUGCUAGGGAAUUAUUUCUGACUCUAACCAGUAUAAGGGUUAAUGGUGAAGAGUUGCAUAGAUCCAAAUGUUUAUCUGUAUUAGAUAACACCCACGAUUAUUUUUUGAGCCGUAGAAUAGACUUAGAAGAAAUAUUAGGUAACAGAAAUGUCGGAAUAGCUGAUGUUGACACUGAUAUGAAAAUAUUUGACGAUAUUAACCUAUAUGUUGCGUCUUACAAAAAAGGAAUAUGGAAGUCAUAUUUCAAAAAAUUUUUCUCAGAUAAAUGUCAUAUUCACGAUAUACUUACGAUGCGAAUAUACAUAUGGCGCAUGGAAGAAAUGUUUGAUGAGUUCGUUAUCUUGGUUAAUCGCAAAACCUUUCAAAUGACAGAAUUGCAAAAUAAAAUAAAACAAUGUAGGCAUAGAAAUGACGAGUUAAAAAACCUAACAGUUACGGAUAUAAUUUUAAAAGAGAAAAUACAAAUUCCAGCAUUUCCAAAAGAAGGAAAUGUACAGCGAGACCAAAGGACAGAAGAGUACAACAAUAGUUCCAAAGAUAUAGAAAACUCCCAUAAUAAUUCAAACCCAGUCAUUAAGGAGGCCGCUAGGUUGCACUCCAUGCCCUCACUUUUAGGCACUAGAACGGAAGUCAGGAAACAUCCGCUUAAAGCAGGAUUCAUAAAUGGAAUACUAAUCAUAUCGCUAGGUACACUGUUAAUCAACAGUGUAUAAAGCCUCCUUAACAAGUC